UUGGACUUUUUCUGAGCAUACUAGUGUGACAAAAGUAAAAGCUCAAGAGAAUGUUGUUGACGGAGCUGAAGAAUUAUUUAACUCCAAUUUAUUUGGAUCUGAAGAUAAUAAACAUAAAAUAAGCGAUAUCAAAGAGAGAAGUCCCAAUAAACGUGUAGUGCAUUCUAUACUUGACAUUGGUAACGCAGAAGGAGUUGUUAAAGAACAAAUAAUUCUCAGUUAUCCAACUGAAACGAAGAAAGAACAAUCGGUGCCCGUUGACAAAAGAAAAGAUGAAUUCUGCAACACGGAAAGAAAUAAGGGGAAAAGAGGCUCUGCUCCUACGCUUGUCACUCCCAAGUCUUUAAAGCGCAACGCUAAGGGAGAAACACUGCUCCAUCGCGCAGCUAUGAAGGGAAAUACAAAAACAGUAAAAGCGCUUUUGCUCCUCCCCGAGUGCGACAUUAAUGCAAAGGAUAACGCUGGCUGGACACCACUGCACGAAGCUUGCAACCACAAUCACUACGAAGUGGCUGAGCUUUUACUACAAGCAGGAGCAAAGGUGAACCAAGCAGCCUACUGUAAUACGACGCCCCUGCACGACGCCUUGAGCAACGGGAACCACGACGUGGCCUUUUUACUCCUUCAAAACAAGGCGAACCCGUACAAAAGAGACAAGAACGGCCUGCUGCCGGUGGACUACGUCUCUAACGAAACUGUGAAAGGAAAAAUUAUCAACUUCAUGAGCGCUCAUCCCCCAGAAAGUUUCGACCUCGAAAGUCUGCCUUGUUUGAUAGAGCCGGCGACCUCCCUCUGCCCUCGCUCGGUCUCACCAAUCUCCUCUCCUCUUGCUUCUGAAAAUAGUCAGUACAACGUUGCUUUUACUGGGGGCGAUGCAGUAGAGCGGAGCGUAUGGGAGGCCGCUGCGAAGAACUUGAAUAUGACCGUUCAAAGUCACGUGGCCGGAACUACCACGCACCUGCUUACCCCUGUUAACCACGAGGGCUGUGCUAAACGCACCAUAAAAUUUCUGACGGGCGUUUUGUUGGGGAUGUGGAUCGUCGACACAAAUUGGUUAUUCGACUCAGCUAAGGAGAAACGCAUCAAGGACGAAUCAGGAUUCGAAGUGAGGGGAGACGGUACUGCUCUGGGCGGACCACGGAAGGGUAGAGCGAAUAAGAUCAACGAUUAUCCACCACUAUUUGACGGCUGCCAUUUCUUCUUUCGCGGGCAGUUUUCUCAGCCCACCAAAAGCGAGCUUACUUCCUUGGCCACAACUGGAGGCGGGAUGGUGUUGAGCAGGGAACCAAAAACAGUUGAAACUCAGGACAACGCAACUCCCUUUCAUUAUCGCCUUCGUAUGCGGGACACCCACGAUAGUAUUAACAACAAUUAUACUCAUUUUAUUGUUGUUGAAAACGACACGAAUGCGAGCACCCCUUGUGGAUCUGGCACGUGUAUUGUGCCGGUCAGCUGGUUUCUGAAGUGCAUUUCCAGUUUUACUUUGUUGGACCCUGUAAGCCCCCUCAUGACUAAAUAA